ACAUGAAUUUCAGCAAAUGCCUCUAUAAUAUUGGAGAGCAGCUGGACAGUGAUGAGCUGGCCUCCCUCAAAUUCCUUAGCAUGGACUGCAUCCCACAGAAAAAGCAGGAACCCAUCAAGGAUCCCUUGAUGUUAUUCCAGAGACUCCAGGAAAAGCGAAUGUUGGAGGAAGGCAACCUGUCCUUCUUGAAGGAGCUGCUUUUCCGAAUUAAUAGACUGGAUCUGCUGGUCACCUACCUGGACACCAGCAAGGAGGAGAUGGAGCAGGAACUUCAGAUACCAGGCAGAGCCCAGAUCUCUGCCUACAGGGUCAUGCUUUUUCAGAUUUCAGAAGAUGUAAGCAAAUUGGAAUUGAGGUCCUUUAAGUUUCUUUUGAGCCAGGAGAUCUCCAGAUGUAAACUGCAUGAUGAUUUGAACUUGCUUGAUAUUUUCAUAGAGAUGGAGAAGAGGGUCAUCCUCGGGGAAAGAAAUUUGGACACCCUGAAAAGAAUCUGUGACCAAAUUAACAAGAGCCUGCUGAAGAAAAUCACGGAUUAUGAAGAAUUAAGCAGAGAGCAAACAAGGAGCCCUCAAAGAAGUCUAGAUGAAGUUUCAAAUGAUAUGUCUCAGUUGCUUAUAGGGGAGGAAUCCCUGAGGGUGCCGCCAGUGUCGGACUCUCCAGGAGAACAGGACUAUGAAUCAGAGACAUCAGAGAAGGUUUACCGAAUGGAAAGCAAACCUCGAGGAUACUGUUUGAUCUUUAACAAUUAUGACUUCAGCAUAGCACGGAAGGAAGUGCCCAAACUUCAGAGCAUUAAGGAUAGGAAUGGAACAGACUUGGAUGCAGAUGCUUUGUGUCAGACCUUUAGUGAGCUUCAUUUUGAGAUUGUGCCUUUCAGAGACUCUACAGCCAUGAAAAUCUGUGAGGUUCUGAAAUCCUACCAAAGCAUGGACCACACUAGCAGGGAUUGCUUUAUCUGCUGUGUCCUCUCCCAUGGAGACAAGGGCAUCAUCUAUGGCUCUGAUGGGCGGGAAGUCCCCAUCUAUGAGCUGACGUCUUACUUCACUGGCUCAAAGUGCCCUUCCCUUGCAGGCAAGCCCAAAAUCUUUUUUAUUCAGGCUUGUCAAGGGGAUAACUACCAGAAAGGUAUAGCUGUUGAGACUGACUCCGAACAGAAGGAAGACUAUUUAGAAAUGGACUCGUCAUGGCAGAAGAGAUAUAUCCCAGAAGAUGCUGACUUUCUGCUGGGGAUGGCCACUGUGAACAAUUGUGUUUCCUACCGAAACCCCAUGGAGGGGACCUGGUAUAUCCAGUCACUUUGCCAGAGCCUAAGAGAAAGAUGUCCUAGGGGUGAAGAUAUUCUCACCAUCCUUACCGAGGUGAACUUUGAAGUGAGCAAUAAGGAUGACAGAAAAAACAUGGGGAAGCAAAUGCCACAACCUACUUUCACACUGAGGAAAAAACUCUUCUUCCCUCCUAAUUGAUGCUACUGUUUAGCUGUAUAACAC